CUGGAAGCUACACAGAGCUGCACUGACUUCUGGGAGUUGUAAUCUGGGCUGCAAGCAAGGAAAAAGAAUAUUAAGGAGACAGGGCCCAAAGGAUCUGCUAAAACCACAUGUAUAACUACAGGGGACACAGAACAGGACUACCUGGAAUAAAAGGCACUGCUGGGCCACCUGGACCACAAGGAAAACAGGGGCCUCCAGGACCGAGAGGUGAAAAAGGAGAUAGUGCAACUGCAGCAACUGAAGCCUUAAAAAAAGAAAUGUCAACUUUAACCAGUAAAGUGAAUUCUCUACAAUCAAAAGUGAAUCAACAGGAAACAGCAACUGAAGCCUUAAAAAAGGAAAAGUCAACUUUAACCGUUAAAGUGAAUUCUCUACAAUCAAAAGUGAAUCAACAGGAAAACGUUUUAUUAUUGGUAAAGGGGGUGUAUUCAGUUGGAGAAAAGAUCUUUGUUUCAAACGGUGAACAGACAAAUUACAACACUGCGAAGGCUGUCUGUGUCAAGAGAGGAGGUCAACUGGCUUCACCACGGAAUGCGGUGGAGAACGACGCUGUAAAUAGAAUUCAAACACAGCUUAAUGCUCGUCCAUUCCUGGGUAUAAAUGACCUACAGCAAGAAGGAAUUUUCAAAUAUCCAGAUGGUAAAAACAUUGCCUUCUCAAACUGGAGUGAUAAGGAACCAAAUAAUGAAUUUGGAGUGGAAGAUUGUGUGGAAAUGUAUGAAAAUGGAAAAUGGAAUGAUAAGAAUUGUAAUGAAAAACGUCUAAUCGUCUGUGAAAUUAUUGUAAAAAAAUAA